AUAAUUAAGACGGCAAAGGGGAUGAAGGCCACUAAGUGGAAGUCAUGAAAAGUGGUUCUAAGCCUCGUUGAUUCCCAUGUAAACAAUAUUAGCCCAUUGUUAAUCUCAAAUUUUCAAAGCAUUGAGGCUACUUUCAUGGGACCUAAAAUCAGUCAUGCUAUCAAUGGGAAAGAAUGAACGAAACCGACGGACGGAACAUAAAGUAAACAAUUAAACAAAAUGGCUGGUCGUCAAUGAGUUCUUUAUUUUGAAAGUAAAAUAUUUAAUAGGAAUUGUAUGUACUAAAGCUUAAUCACAAGAAAUGUCUAAAAGGGAUCAAGAAAGUAGUGAUAAGAAGUUGGAUACGAGUGACUAUGAAAACCUCAUAUCGCAUCACAGUAUAUUUGAAUCAAGCCGAAGUAAACAAGAACUGCCAAGUUUCCCUGGAUACUCAAAUGCAGAAACGCAAACAAAACCUAGUGACAUAAAAGGGCAAAAUGCAGUACAGUCAGGACUGGGGGUGUGGCACUACAAUCCAUGGUGGAUGCUUGCCAGUACAUCUCGAAACACACCAGAUCAAGAUGAAUUUGCAGAGAACUCAGAUCAAGCUAAAGUCAAGCAGGAACCCUCUGGAGCAUGUUCCCCCGAACAUGAUCCUUUACAAAAUGAACUAGAGCAAUUUCAGGCAGGUACUUCCACACCUCCAGUAGGGAUAGAUACUUUUUGUGACGAUUGCUCAGAUCCAUUUUGUGACUCUAGCGCAGCAGUUUGCCGCAAGCUAUUUCAUUGCCCUCAUUGUAGAAAAAGUUAUCCAACAAUAUUGGAGUUCAAUACCCACUUGACAGGUGUUCAUCCAUCACAAAAACCAUUCAGAUGCCAAAUAUGCCUUGAGCCAUUUCAUAAAAAAUCACAUCUCAGAAGGCACCUGGAUGCUCUUCAUACUCGUAAGGAUGUAAACAAGUGUUCAGUGUGUUCAAAGUAUAUUAAAGAUAAGAGCAAUUUACGUAAGCAUAUGCAGGUCCAUACAGGCCGAGUACCUCAAAAACAGUUCAAAUGUGACUUGUGCAAUAACAAACGUUACAUGUCUCUAGAUAGACUCAAUAACCACAAAGUGGUGUGUACUGGAGAAAAAGUAUUGAAGUACUGCGACAUGUGCAGUAAAGUCUUUGAUAACUCCAGGUCCUUGAACAGUCACAGAAAAGUGCAUGCUAGAGAAUUGAAGUGUGAAAAUUGUGGUGAACAAUUACGUUCAUUAGAACAGUUCACAACUCACAAAAUGGUGUGUUUGAUAACAUCUGAAACCAGUGGUGCCCAAGGUAGUAGUACUACUUCAUCAAACACUGCAACGACAUCCUCAAUGAAUCGCUGUUGUCAACAACCAGGAUUGUGUGAACAUGACAAACCUGCUUAUCUUAACAUACCUGGUUAUGCAGCUGGUAGGGUACUUGAUGCAACUCUCUCAUCUUUAAAGUCAGAACUGAAUUGAUAAGUUCUAAAGCUAUGCAAUAAUAUGGAAAAUUAACAUUUUAUUCAUUUUCAACAAGAGUACCAAAUAGACAAAUGACAUUAAUCAAUUACACAAUUGAAAAUUUCACAAGACUGAUGCAAAUAUCCCGCCUCACGACUUGCUUUAUUAUUACCAUUUAUAUUUAGGCUUUAGUUAGUAGUUCAUACAGCUAGUGUAAGCAAUAUAGCCAUCUGAACAUAUUUUAAUAUGAAGGCGAUAAUUCAUUUUAUUUUAAUGUGCUCAAAUUGUUAAACUGAUUUCGGAACCUCAUUAUAAAAUUUUCAAAAAUGUUUUUUAAAUAAUCAAUGUGAACCUGAAUUUAUUAGUUUAUUCUUUUAUAACAGUUAUGCUUUGACUGAUUUAGUUAUAAGCAUGGUGUGCAGUAUUACACACAAUAUUAUUUUUCUAUUUUUGCAAAUUUUUUGAGUUAUUUUUAGUUUUAGAUAAUAUUGUUUUAUAUAAUUGUAUUUUUUUGGAUUGUAAAAGAAGUAUGUUACUUUUUUCAUCUGAGUACUCCAAAAUUAGUUGUAUAGAUACAUUUAUGAUAUAUUAAUGAAGUAUUUCUAUACCAUAUUUUCUAAAGACACCUUUACAAAUUGUAAGUGCGUAAUUGGGUAGAAUCUUUUUUGGUGUUAUUAUUAAAUUAGGCUAAGUGCGUGAAGUGCAAUGAACCGUUGGCAAAGCCUUGUGUGUUAUGGCUAUGGGAUGAUAAACAGAUAUAAUAGCCGCCAAACUUCUUGAGCAUUUGUUGACGUAGUGGGGGUAAGUUCGCGCAUGGUACACUCACAUGCAAAAACAUUACAUACUCUGCGUCAUAAUGCUAUUAAAUUAUUAAAAUCAACAUAUUAUGUAUUUAUUUAUAUAUUUAUUAGAACAUCAACAAAACAUAUAGGUUAAUAAUUGUAAUAAUUUAAUCUUGGGGUAAAAUAGAUAUUCCUUCUAUUAAGUCAAAACUAGAGCUGUUGCCAGGUCUUGGUUCAGUUGAAGCGAAGCUGGUAUUUGUAAUUUUUUUUUUCGUUAUCAUAAUCUUGACCAUCAUCAUCAUCACUGUUUUCAUCACCCGAGUCGCUAUCAUCGUGAUUAGUCGACAUAGGCUCAUCGGUGUAGUUUACAACUCAGUCGAUUCGGUCUUCUUUUUUGUGUAUAAUUAAUUAUUUUUUGAAGAUAUUCGAUUCGUAGUAAUCGAAUGUUACUUUUUUCAAUUACCAGCUUCCGAUUAUUUUCUGUUCUUUUUUUCCAUCUGAAGCCUAGCUCUUUCAUAAUACGUCGUAAGCUUCAUUCCGAGCCAUUAGAAUUUAUAUCUUCUUUAAAUUUUUCGAAGCCUUUCUACGGUACGGAGUUUCGCUGCUUGUUAUGUAGUUAUUAUGAUUACAUCUUUUUAUUACAGAUUGAACGAAACUAUCCAUUCCGGUAACUUUCUUCUUCCCUGAUCUUUUCUUACCCGGAGUCCGAAACACGGCGAGCAAGCCAGAGCCUUUAGCUUCCUUAAUAAUAAUGCACCUAACAGUACUCACUGAUGGUUUUGUUACUUCCGAAGUCUGUUUUAAUUUUUCCAUAUCAUUCUUCCCCUGUUUUAUAAUGAAGCAAUAUACGUCGUACACAAUUUUUCUACCCUUUCUUUUGAAUAGUACACCAGUUUGUCGCGGCAUAGUGUAUGUUUUAUAAAAAAUCAACAAACAAUCAACAAAUAGCAAUGGCAACAAAGUCCACAAGUAAUUAUAACAAAUAGCUUAACGAUUAAUAACGAUAGACUUUCCACUGUACGCAAGCGUACUUUUGGGAGCAAGCGGAAUGAGGGCGCGGUGCGGGACGCAAGGUUCGACUGAUCUACUAAUAAAGCGCUCGAUACGAUUUCCCCUGCCGUCGCGCCUCACCCUCGCCACCAAAGUGAUCUAAAAUUCGGUUCUGCGCAGUCAAGGUCAUUGGCUCAAGAAGUUUGCCGGUUACUAUACCCAAUUUGAGAAUAAUAAAUUAAAAUUAUUCUGAAAAAAAUCCUCUCAAUAAACUGAUGAUCACAAGAAGGUGGUUUUGGGUUAUUCUUCAGUUGGGUUUUGAAUUUAACAAAGUUGUUGUGUUCUUGAUGCCCUUUAAGUAUAUUAUUAAGUGUUAUAACACUGGAAUUAAUGCAAUAUUUAUGAUUGAGUAAUAAAACCAUUUAUGAAUGGAUAGUAAAAAUAUAGUAACAAUUAUGGAGGCUAUAUCUAAAUGAAAAAAGUAAAGUAUAUUAUGUAAAAUUAGAUUUGGGCCAUGUUAUAAUAUAUUAUUAUAAAAUAUUAGUUUUAUGAAAAAAGAAAACUAAAUUGCAUAUUUAAAAAUUCGUUUUUAUAAGAUUUUUGUUUUAUAAAUGGUCCAUUCCUAUGUUCAUUUAUACAAUAUUGUUUAAUAUAAAUGUUUUCAUUUAUUUACACAGGACUAUAUUUGAGGCUUAAAAAGUUCAUUGUUGCUAUUUAAUGUUUUAUCGUUUACAUUUCAUAGGCUUAAGAAUUAUUAUUAUAAAAAAACUUGAAAUUAAGCUUAUUAUCUUAUAUAGUUAUUUAGUUUUUCUAUAUAAUUAUAUUUUUGCAUAAAUAAGUAAUUCAUUUUGGAUUACAUAUUUACAUAUUGUAAUAGUUUUACAAUCCGUUAAAUAGAUGUCUGAAUUACAUACAACAGAAAUUCUAUCCACCGAGACUGCCCACCAACUCUGUACAGUUAAUGACAAAACCUAUUUUCAUUACAGUACUUCUUCAAACGAAACAAAUAAAUUUAUCUUUAUAGGUGAAUACUAUUUGGUUAGCUAAGAAUAAAAUUAUGUGCAAGAUUUGUUAAUUUUUUACGCUUUUGUCUAAAUGCUAUUUAGUUAAACAUACACUAUGUUGUAGACCUCCAAAUUUGUUGUAGCAUCUGCAAAACUCAUGUGUGAGACAUGUUCAUCUAGUUGUAAGUACAAAGAAUAGGGAUACAGUAGAGGUAUUUAUUGCAUAAAUUAUCAAAAUGUGUUCAUAUUUUGUACUAAAAAAGUGAAUAAUGAUCGAACUGAGAGUUUAUUUUUAUUUACCUAUAUUAUAAAUAAUUGUUAACUUUUUGUUUUUGAUAUGAGCUGUUACUUUAAGCUAUCAUAAGAGAAAAUACUAUAAUUAUUUUUCCGAAUUUGUUAAACAUCAUAACCAGAGAAGAGUAUUUGAAGUAUAACUAGAUUUCGUGUUCAUUCAAGAUAUUUGGAACUUGAACUUACUUGAACAUUAAACUUUUAUAAGGCUAUUAAUAAGUAUGAUUUCCAAGUAAAUUAAAAAAAGUAACCAAUUGUUCGAAUGUUAUUUUCAUUUCAUAAAAGAUAAAUGCAUUAUAAAUAGGUACAAUAAAUGUUAAAGUUGACGAUUAUUUAAAUACAAAAAGUAAUAUUUACAUAUGUGUUGUCUUUAUAAUAUUUUCUGAAAUAUACGAAUAUUAUUAGGGUUCAAAUUUUCGGUACCGAACUCUAAUUACUUUUUUGGUCCAUUAGCUUAUUUAUUUACCCCACGCUUGGACUCGAAAUCGAACCCUAUCUGAACUAUUUCUCCUCGCUUAAAACCCUAUUUCUAGAAUGUAAACACAAAAGAAAACAACUUUUUCAUAACCUACUAAUUAUAUAAUUAUUUAGGGAGUCACGGACCUACUGUUUAAAUAAAGGCUACGGGAGUGUGUACAAAUAUUUCGCGUAAUAAACGGAACAGUAGCGGGAAAACGUAGAUUCUUUUACUUAUUGUAUAUAGUGGUGAACAAGCUCGCGGUCUAUCUGUUCCUAAGUGGUUACCGGUGCCCAUAAAACUAAAUAUCACAACGUAAAUGUCACGUCACUCACGUUGAGACGUUUAGAAGUCGUCGUGGCCUAAAGGUUAUGACGUCCGGUGCAUUCGUUAUGAGCGACGCACCGGUGUUCGAAUCUCAGGCGGGUACCAAUUUUUCUAAUGAAAUACGUACUCAAAAAACUAUCACGAUUGACUUCCACGGUGAAGGAAUAGCAUCGUGUAAUAAAAAUUAAAUCUGCAAAAUCAUAAUUUAUGUUAUUACUGGUGGUAGGACCUCUUGUGUGUCCGCGCGGGUAGGUACCACCAAUAAGUUUAAUAAUAAAUAAGUGUAAAUAUAAACUAUAAUAAUAAUAAUAAUAAUAAAUAAAUAUUUACUAACAAUCACGCCACGUUAACUGGUCCCGUGAUAAGUUCGUAAAGAACUUGUGUUACAGGUACCAGAUAAUGGAUAUAAAUGUAAGAUUUUUAUUAUACACACAUAUAUUUAAUAUACAUCCAUAACCCUGGAAAAGACAUUUAUAUUUAUCAUACAAAUAUCUUCCCUUGGCGGGAUUCGAACCCGCGACCCCCUUGUAUAGUGACCAUGUCACUUACCACUACACCAGACGGCCGACUAUAUUGUGUAUUUGUACGGUACGUGUUUAGAUAGGCCCUGACAGUUACAAAAUGAAUGAAUGAACUGACCAUUGUAAAUAUUCCAAUACAAAGAGUGAUCAAUGUAUACUGAGCUAAAUGAUCUAGCUAGACGAAGAAAUGAAUUAAUUCAGAGACUAAUCAAUUAAAUUGGAUCACUGAGCUACUGAUCUAAAUGAAUAAUAUAUAUCUUUGGAGCCAAAAAAAGUCGAAAGAAAGUCAAGAUAUAUAUCUAUGAUUUCAAGUUGAUUGAAAUCAUAGAUAUUAUACUAAAUGUAUAAAUAAGCUUGAAACGUAUUUUUUGGCGGGAACGCGAGGAUUGAAGUUGUGUUAUUUGUUUUAUUUUGUCUAUUUUGUGUUUCUUCAGGUUUAACGUAAUAAGUGGAAAAAAUCUUAGUAAAUGACCACCAUUUUACUGAGAUUAUAUUUCAUCCCAUAUCAUCUCAAUUCAUUUCAUUUAAUUUCAUACCAGUUGAUUAGUGUCUCAAAUUAAUCAUCUUCAUUUCAUUUCACUCCAUAAUAUAAUUUUUCAUAAAAAUAUGAAUAAUAUAAAUUAAAAUAAGACAUGACUUAAAGGUCUCAGUUACCAGGUCAUAAAAUCUCUUUAAAAAAAUCCGUAUGUACUGGGCCAUCAUUCAUCAACAAUUUUCAUAAAAUUUAACAUUUAUUGCAUUUGUUGAAUUUUGCAUAAAUUGUAAAUCUGAUAAAUAGUUAAUUAUUUACGAAAAUUGUCAUUUUUGUUAACCGACUUUCAGAUGAUUGUUCAGAAGAAACCUAGGAAAAAUAAACAAGUAAAAAAUGAGUUGCAGAGAGAGUUCAACUUUAUAAAAGGCAUAUUUUCAGUUAUGCCUGUUUCAAUUUUAACAAAAGGUGCCGAUGAAGACGCAGACUAUGAAAUCUAUACAGGCAGUAAAAAUGAAAAUGAGGAAAAGGAUUUACCAAAACGGGCCCGGAGCAUUGCUGAGUUGGAAGAGAAAUUGGAAAAAUUGAAAUCACAACAAAAACAUAAUUUGAAAACAAAACUCGUAAAAAAGAGUUUAAAUAGUAAAUUAAAUAAAAAAAUUAAAAAGAAAGAAAGAUUGAAUAAAACAAAAAAACUAAACAUAGAUAAAUCAUUGUUGGAGGAUGAGAAUAAUCAAAUUGAACAGAAACAUAAAAUUUCCGCACCUAAACCAGUUUUCAAUACAGAUGCGAAAUUAGUAUUUUCAAAGUUUAAUUUUGAUAAUUUUGGCAAUAAAGAAAAGGGAUCUAAAACUGAAAAAAAUCCUAAAAAAAUUCUAGAAAAUUUAAAACACCAAGAUGAGAAGUUUAGAGAAAUGGAGGAAAAGGAAGACAAAACUAAAGUUAAGGAGAUGAAGGAAAAGUUGGCAUGGAAAACAAUUUUACAGAAAGCUGAGGGACAAAAAGUUAAAGAUGAUCCAAUGUUAUUGAAGAAAUCUAUAAAAAAAAUGGAGCAAAAGAAAAAGCAAAGUAAAAAGCAAUGGGAAAACAGGAUUAGUUCAGUAGAGCAAAAGAAGAAUGAAAGACAGAAGAAAAGAAAAGAAAAUAUUAGUAAGAAGAAAAAAGAAAAGAAGACUAAAAUUAUCAAAGCAGCAUCUAAACGGGGUCGUGUUGUAAUCUAAGUUUUUCCCUCAAUAAAAAGUUAUUAAACACUUUAUAAUUA